GGAUAUGGACUUCUUUUAAUGGCUGUACUAUGGAUGACAGAAGCCCUUCCUAUUUAUGUUACAGCAAUGCUGCCAAUUAUUUUGUUUCCUAUGAUGGAAGUUAGCAGAGGUGUAAUAUUUGUUUUCUUGGGAGGUAUGUCGGUAGCAAUGUGUAUAGAGAAAUGGAAUAUACAUAGACGAUUUGCUCUGAAGUUACUCUUGUUUCUAGGUACAUCUACUAAAUGGCUAACAUUUGGAUUCAUGGUUACUACGGGGUUUAUGUCUAUGUGGGUCAGCAACACAGCAACAACAUCCAUGAUGAUUCCAAUCGGACAGACUGUCCUGUUAGACGCUGAGUCAAAGAACCUUUGUAAACUGGUAUGCCUCUGUAUUUGUUACUCGGCUAAUUGUGGUGACAUUGCGACAUUAACUGGAACUACACCUAAUCUAGUGCUCAAGGGACAACUCGAUCAGUACGUGUCAGAUGCAGUACCAGGAAUGAUGAUCGCUACUAGUUUGUUUAUUUUUCCUUCUAGAAGGCGAUUGAAAACUGAUACAGGUGAGGACGAAACAAACGAAAUACCUCCACUUCUAGACUGGCAAACAUUUGUGGAAAAAAUACCAUGGGGUGUUACACUUCUACAGGGUGGUGGACUUGCUCUUGCGUUUGCAUGUCAGGAAUCAGGACUAUCACUGUGGUUAGGUGCUCAGAUGUCUGUGUUUCGAGACGUACCCGUUUGGAUUAUGAUAUUUAUAAUAUGUACUUUUGUUUCCUUGACAACCGAAGUAGUUAGUAAUAUAGCCGCAUGCAGUAUCGUUCUUCCCGUAUUGGCAAACAUGGCUGCUGGCAUGCAUAUUCAUCCGACAUAUUUAAUGUUACCUGCUACAGUCGCCUGCUCAUUUGCUUUUAUGCUUCCUGUUUCUACACCACCAAAUAUCAUAGCAUUUUCAUACGGAUAUCUUAAAGUUACUGAUAUGAUGAAGAUCGGAGUAUUUGUAAACUUCAGUUGUGUAAUAAUUGUAACAGUGGCCAUCAAUACAUAUGGAGCAGCAUUCUUAAAUCUACAUGAGUAUCCAGACUGGAAACUUCUCUCAGAUAAAACAAUGAAUCUUAAUAUAACCAACAUUAAUUCUACAUUGUUACAAUGAUUCUUG